UAGAUGGUACAGUCAAUCAGAGAGGCAGGCAGCGGCUGUCCGGCACAGAUAUUCCACAAGCAGUCCUAUUGCUACGAUUAAGUCUCUGCCUAGCUCGGACUUUUUGGUUGGUCAACUCUGUUGAUAGUAAUUUGCCAAACAAUAUGAUCUGACAGUGACAAGGUCUGUAGUUCAAGAGUAAAUAAGAGAGACGUACAUAGACUACUUGUCAUCGUGAUUUUUCUCACCCGUUUUUCUGUCUAGUUAUUCUAUAAUUUUGUUCCCUACCGUUCCCUCUUGGAUUUACGAAGAGCAUGUUGGUGAUCUGAGUAUACAGAGAGUUUUUUCCCCCCUCCUGUCCUUCGAUAUAUUUGAGGAAUGACUGCAACUGGAAAGGGACUGACAAUCGCUUGAAUGGAAAAAAUGGAAUACAACGAUCUUGAGAAAAGAAUUGAGGAGAAACUGACAUUAACAGAUAAAUGUAUCCCCUUAACACCAGAGCCUUUGGCCAACCAGAAUGAAGACAAGAACAUAGUGAAGGACCUUCUGACAUCAGACGACUCAGCCAUCUCAGACCUCUCCCCAGACACAGACCCCUCCACCAAAACAGACCCCUCCACCAAGACAGACCCCUCCACCAAGACAGACCCCUCCACCAAGACAGACCCCUCCACCAAGACAGAUGCUAGACCUGGCACCCCUGGGUCUGGCACCAGCCCCCAUCCCAAAAAAGGAGAUGGGUUGACGACAGCGCAACGACAGAAGCUGGCUAAGGAGCGGAGGGAGGAGAGGGCCAAAUACAUUGAACAGCAAACUCAGCUGCAAGCGACUAAGAAGGCCCAGUGGCUGGAGAAGGAGGAGAAGGCGAGGCGUCUGAGGGAGAGCCAGCUGGAGGAACGUAGGAGGAGGCUGGAGGACCAGAGACUGAAGCUUGAGAAACGCAGAGCCCUCCUGGAAGAGAAACAGAGGCAGAAACUAGAGAAGAACAAGGAGCGUUAUGAGGCGGCCAUCAAGAAGUCAACCAAAAAGACUUGGGCUGAGAUCCGUCAGCAGAGAUGGUCCUGGGCUGGCGGCCUCAACCAGACGUCGCGCAGACAAAGCAGAUGUUCGGCCUCCACUGUCAACUUACCGAGACAGGUGGACCCUGUCAUUAACAACAGGCUGUCCAAGUCCUCUGCCACCCUCUGGAACUCCCCCAACAGAACCCGCAGUCUGCGUCUUAGUCCGUGGGAGAGCCGCAUCGUGGAGCGGCUCAUGACCCCCACCCUGUCCUUCCUGGCCCGUAGCCGCAGCGCCGUGACCCUGCUCAACACUAGCGACUCUCGGGACCCCUACUCUCACCACUACUCCCGUUCAGCCUCCGCCAGCCCCCUGGACGCCUGCUCCCACCACCACCCUCACCGGGACUCCUCCGAACGCUGGAGGGGAGGAGUGUCCGCCAGCACGCCUGACAUCACAGAGCGCCAACGCCGACGGAACUCAACGCUGUUGGAUAAGAAGAAGAAAGAGAAGAAAGACAAGGAGAGGGAGAAUGAAAAAGAGAAAGUUCUGAAGAAGUUCCCAACGCAGACCAGAUCCAGGCCGGAGUUCAGUACCCCAAAACCCCAAAACCGACCUCCAUCACCUGUGGCCCCCAAAAGCAAACUGUUGUCCCCCUGCCCUCCAAUGGCUCCCAAGACCCCCUCCACGGGCAAGAAGAUCCCCACAGGCACCAAGACCCGCCCCAAAAGAGCCCAGACCCCUGUCAGGGUACAGCUUCAGCCGGUCACCGUGGAAACUAACAACAAGCCCCAUCAGCCAGACACUCCUGAGGAGACAAAGAGCUCCGGUAAUGUUCCUGCUAUAAUGGUGUCUUCGGCGCCGGUGACACAAACAUCUCUUAGUGCACCAGUCACAGCGGCCGCCUCUACCCAAGCCUCAAACCUACAGCUGACUGCCUCUGCUGCCUCAACUCCCACAACUGCCCCAGCUGCCCCAGCUGCCCCAGCUGCCCCAGCUGCCCCAGCUGCCUCAUCUGCCUCCGCUGCCUCAUCUGUCCCGGCUACCUCAUCUACUGCUGCCACUCUGGCUUCCAGGCCCUCAGCCGGCACCAACGACCCAGAGGAAGCAGCUCGAGUCCUGGCUGAGAAACGCAGACAGGCCCGGGAGCAACGGGAGAGAGAGGAGCAGGAGCGCCUGGAGCAGGAGAAGAGGAAACGGAUUGCUCGUGAGGAGGGCAUGGCUCGGCAGGCGGAGGAGAGGAGGCGCAGGGAGGAGGAGGCACGCCUCAUGGCGAAGGAGCAGCUUCUGAGAGACGAGGCCCAGCGCCUGGAGGAGGAGAAGGAGGCGAAGGAGAAAGCCAAGGCGGAACAGGAGGAGAACCAACGGCUGCAGAAACAGAGGGAGGAGGCCGAGGUCAAAGCUCGUGAGGAGGCGGAGCGUCAGCGCCUUGAGAGAGAGAAGCACUUUCAGAAGGAGGAACAGGCGCGCCUGGAGAGAAAGAAGCGCCUUGAGGAAAUCAUGAAGAGAACUCGUAAAAGUACUGAUGCAGGACAAAAGGGGAUUGAUCCUUCACUGCCAAAUGAGUCUAAUUCUCCAGCACAGGUCAAUGGCAAAGAUGCUACGAAGAACAGUAAAGCUCCUAAAAUGCACCAGAUUGAAGCAGAAUCCAGCUCUGUGCUGAAUGUUGUCCGGCCAGCCAUGCACCAGAAUGGCCUCUCAGCCAAUGGGAAGGCAGCUGACUUUGAGCAGAUCAUCCAGCUGUCCAAUCACAGCAGGAGCAGCAACGGUGGGCCGGGAAAACCGGGGAGUGGCAUCGUCAGUGACCCAAUCCUGGCCUUCGAGGGAGGAGAGCCCUUCCUGAUGAAAACGGGUUCCAUGAAGCCUCAGCAUGCUGCAGGUAGCUAUGCAGAAGUUCUUUGAGACAACAGGCUUCCACACGCUUUACGCCACCGGUUGAUCUAGUUGAUGCGUGCCACACACUGCAACAGCUUAUAAAGGAAGUGUGCCAAACAAAGAAACAAACUAUGGACUAAACUUUUAAAUCACUUAAAAACAUCAAAUUCCACAGAGGUCAAGAGGGAGGAAGAAAACUCUGUGAAGAAAAACGAAAAAACGUAAUGAAUGAAAAAAAUAUUGUCUGUCUUCUCGGCAUGUUUUGGUGCAACAUACAUUGAGUUUUGUUGAAAAUGUCAAAUGCAGAUUUUAUGGUGCACCUUAAAUGGCUGACAAUGUAAUAUGAGGAGUUUUAGAGCAUUGUAAGACCUGGAAAUAUACAGUAUUUGACUACGGUUGUUAUUAUCAUUGUUGUUAUGCUAUUGCUGUUGUUAUCUUAAGUUGAACAAAGUGUGUGUUUGUUAGUCUUGAAUAAUUGGGUUAUUUAACUAGGGGAGGAAGCAGUGUGAGGAUGCUGUCAGGGGAAGCUGUGGGAUAAAUGUUAAUGAAAGGGAGAAGACUUCUCUAUUUCUUUCUGUCUAUGUCUGUCUGUCUGUGUGUCUGCAUGUAUGUCUCUCUGUCUGCGUGUAUGUCUGUCUCUGCCUGUCCCUGUCUGUCUGUUUGUCCGUCUGUUUGUCUGCCUGUCUAUCUGCCUCUCAUUUAACUGAGAUAUGAUACAGACUAAAGAGUAAGUUUGAUCUGUGUGGACAUCGACUCUAGUGGGUUAACAUCUGACAUGUCUGCCAUAACCUUCAUGUUUCACCUGAGACAGAGUCUUAAUGUUUCUCUGGCUCGUUUCUUCUUCAAUUGUAUUGCUGUUGUGAUACAGAAUAAGUUUAGGUUGGUUUCUUCAGCAGUUCCCAUGACGAUCACAUUAAUACAGGUAGAACUAUCAGCACACAGUAUCUGUCCUCUAUUCCUGGUUGCUGCUAUAAGGACACAGUAUCUGUCCUCUGUUCCUGGUCGCUGCUAUCAGGACACAGUAUCUGUCCUCUAUUCCUGGUCGCUGCUAUAAGGACACAGUAUCUGUCCUCUAUUCCUGGUCGCUGCUAUCAGGACACAGUAUCUGUCCUCUAUUCCUGGUCGCUGCUAUCAGGACACAGUAUCUGUCCUCUAUUCCUGGUCGCUGCUAUCAGGACACAGUAUCUGUCCUCUAUUCCUGGUCGCUGCUAUCAGGACACAGUAUCUGUCCUCUAUUCCUGGUCGCUGCUAUCGGGACACAGUAUCUGUCCUCUGUUCCUGGUCGCUACUGGUUUAAUGGCUGUGACUCAUAUAAGCUGCCUCCUGCCUGAUUUAUACAGUGAACGAUGAACUUCUAGACACAUCUAUUCAUAUUCCAGGCCUCUGACGGAGGGAGAAAUAUUAAAGUGGGGAACGAGAGGAGGGAGGUUGAGAGAUUUAAUCAGCUCAAGGGACAGAUGGAGUGUGUGUGAGAGAGAGAAAGACCGAGCGAGAGACAGAGAGAGUGAAAGAUGGAUUUUCCAUCUGUAGAUGCUCUCCUACUAUCAACAAACUAUAUGUUGAUAAGCGACUGCUUGCUAAGGUUAGGUUUAGAAUAAGGGUUCGAGUUAAGGUUAAGGUUAGUAGAUAGUUAGUUGAAAGGUUGCUGAUACUCUAUAGAUUAGUCUGUAGAGCAUCUACAGAUGGACUGUCCAUAUGAAGUGGUACCAUCAUUAUUUCUUGGUAACAGUCCAGUUCCUUACAGUGAUUUUUUUUUAUGUAAAUAGAUUCUUAGCAAAGGGCAAUUUCUCUAGCAAGAUUUCUGCUACGACUGGAAGUGGUCUGAGUGGGGAGGGGAAAACUGAAAAAUAGCUGUUAUUGGCAGAUAAGGUUGGAACGCUCUUUCUUAUUGGUCUAUUAACUAAUUUACCGCAUGGUGAUGUCAGCAUGGCCAAAACCCCCUACCACCAAAACAGGCUGAAAUUUCUGGCGUUUAAAAAAAAAAACGGCUUCUACACUAAAAGUGCAUUAUCAUAAUUUUCACAAUUUCAUAGUAUUAUUCCAAACUCAUAGUAUGGAAAUAUAUAUAAAACACAGGAAAUUACCUUUUUUUGUCUGCACUGGGCCUUUAAGUGCAGCCAUACAGCUGUUCUGUCUGAUCACACUGCACUAGGAAUCACUGGGGUACAAUUGCCAGCCCGUUUCACCCAGAGUAGCAGCUGGUGAUGUGAAUAAUUCAAUCCGUUUCAUCCCUCCAUUCCAGACAUAUUUUUUUCCUCAAGAGGAGACCGUGCAAUGUUGUAUUUUUGGUUGUUGAUGCAAAUUGUGUGGUUUCUCCCUCACCAGUGCGACACGUGGACAAUGGUAAUAGUGAGUUUAUAGGUUAGUUGUUUGGUCAUUAGUUUGAUACAAGUAUGUUUAGUCGUUUAAGAUUAUAAUGCCACAAGGUGGCAGCACUAGCUUUACAAACAUCAUGCGGAGCCAAGAGGAACAUUCAUCAAUGUUCAGAUUUCUCCUGCUGGUCUUUUAUAAUGGUAUCUUUAUCACAAAUGUGUUUGACGUUCGUCAGACUCAUCUACAACACAUGGAUUCUAUUUAGAACAUUCAAAUUCAAACAAUAACAUUGAGAUUUUUGGUAUUAGUCCCUCAAAAGUAGGGACAUCAAAACAUGACCUCAUCACCUCUCAUUGUCGAGGCACCACCAGCAUUCCCAAAACAAGUCCCAUCCCACUGUGAUGGAUGAUCUGCAGCUGAUACUGACUGAACAAAGGAACUUCUGUCUAUCUUUUUAUUUAUAGUUGAGAGUGUUAACAGUCAAUGACAUAUGGGGCUUCAGCCAUGUCCUGUGCCAAGAGGGGUUGCGUCCCAAUUGGUACCCUAUUCCCUCUGUAGUGCGCUACUUUUGACCAGGGCCCAUCAGGCUCUGGUCAAAAGUAGUGCACUAGAUGGAGAAUAUGGUGCCAUUUGGGACGCAUGGGACUUAAGUCAUUGGGAAUGGGACGUUACUGGACAUGAGGGACAGGAUCCAUCAUGAUGGAUUGAGCCGCCACUGCCUGCAUUUGAAACAUUCAAUCUACGCUGAAGGUUUGCAAAGUGGCAACAUUACAGAUAGUUUACUGCAGUGUUGAUUGGUUGCUGUUAUUUACGCAUGAUGAUCCUCCCUAACAGAUUAUACACAGUGCAUCUUUCGGGGUUUUGGUUGCUAUGGCUAAAGCCAUUGAUAUUUGCAUUUGUUGUGUUGUGUUAGACGUCUCAGGUUUCUACUGCGGUUACAAUUUAAACUUAUAAAGGUCAUCGAACUGUGAUGGAAUAAUGAUUUGAUGCAUCGGACUAAAAAUGUCCACACUAAAGGUCAGACACCUGCUAUCUGUGCAGGACAGGCUGUAUUUGUUUAGCUGUUGCUCUGGGUUACGGCAUCAUGAUGACUGAGCCUUGUAGUGAAAGCAGACACUUGGACAGGUGUGUGUGUGUUUCCACUGUCACUUUAACUUUUCUAUCCAACAUAAUCAACCAAUUUGUUGUCGCAUUGUAGAGAAGGGACCUGCAAGUAAGCGUUUAGUUGGACAGUGUAUACCAUGUGUAUUCUGUAUAUAUGACUAAUAAAACCCUCCAAAAGGCAAA